AUGCUGCAACGGUUACUGCGAUCGCGGGCACUGCCUGGUGCCAGGAAUGCAGCGAGGAGAAAUCCUGUGCAGAGGAGGACGUUGAUUGCUGCACCGAAGCCAGGAGACGGACCUUUGAUGUCGAGGAGGCCGGAUCGAGAGCUUCCAGAUAUCCCGCAAAACGGCAUGCGCUGGGUGCGCACUGUCCCCAUCUUCCUCGCCGUCCUCAUCUCCUCUACUCUCGCCAUCUUCAACUACCAAAAGUCCUCGUCAAGCGUAGUCUCCUCCACCAUGUACGCACUCCGUACCUCUCCCAAAGCUCGCGAGUACUUGGGGGAUGAGAUAUACUUUGCGCACAAGAUGCCUUGGAUUUGGGGAGAGAUGAACCAGUUGCAUGGCAGGAUUGAUAUCCAGUUCGAGGUUAAGGGCAAGAUGAAUAGUGGGACGAUGCGGUUUAAGAGUUUUAGGGCUACGAGGAUGGGGAUGUUUGAGACGACAGAAUGGAGUCUUGAGACGAAAUAUGGGGCGAAGAUUGAUUUAUUGGAUGGGAGUGACCCAUUCCAGGGUAUUGCACUAGAUCCUGAAGAGCCAAAGGUUGUGGGAAGAGGGUCGUAUGCUCCCAACCUGUCUGGGUAA